CCAAAUAAAAUAAAAAGAUUAGCUUUAAGAGGAGAGAGAAAGUAGAAAGGAACUCCAUAGUAGUAGUAGUACUACCAGUAAAUAAGGAAAGAGGGGAAUUUAAAGGGGAGGAGCAAAUUUUGCAGAGAGAAAGUGUCUCUUUUUUGUUGGGAAGAUGGCCAUGGCGGCGUUGCAGAACGCUACAAUUCUGUCAUAACAUAAAUUUUUCUUCUUACUCUCUUUCUCUUUCUCUUUCUUCUUUAUGUUUCCUGAUUUCCGCUGCUUCUCUUCAGACUGUGUUUCCUUUUCUUCUCUAAACGUACAAUUCUCUUCCAAUCCUCUUUGUAUUUUCCUUUUCUUAUUUUCCUUUUCCCCACAAACAAACAAAUAUAUCUAGACAAACAAUUUUAUAAUUUUUAAUUUGUUUAUUAUUUUUAGGGUUAAAUAAAAUAAAAUUAAUACAAAUAAAUAAAAUUAAUGUGAAAUGAAAUGAGACACUCCUACACUUAUCCUUUUCCAAUCUAAAAACCCUUGUAGUAUUAUUUCCAUUUCUUCUAACCUUUCAAUUUUCCUAUAAAUUACCCAUUAAAAGAAAAAAAAACCCCAAAAAUUUUAAUAGGGUAUGGAGUAUUUCUUGCUGAAAUUAAGAUUAGGGGAGAGGAAAUUAUGGCUGGAUUUUUCUCUUUAGAUAGUAAUACAAACACUGAUAAUUCUUACCUAUGGCAUCAUCAUCAUCAUCAUCAUCAACCACCUCUUAAUCUUUCAAUCUCAGCCGUUGAUUUUCAAGGUGGAAAUGAUAUCACAAGAUCUGAAGAUAAUAGCAAUAAUCUAAUGAUGAUGAUGAGGAUGAGUAGUAGUAGCAGUGGUGGGAGUAUUAGUUGCCAAGAUUGUGGGAACCAAGCUAAGAAAGACUGUGUUUAUAUGAGAUGUAGAACUUGUUGUAAAAGUAGAGGGUUUGAUUGUGCUACCCAUGUGAGAAGCACGUGGGUUCCGGCGUCUGUUCGCCGCGAACGCCAUCAGAAACUAGUUCAACAUUUACAACAUCAACAAGAACAAGAUCAAGAACAAAUGGGGAUUGGGGCAAGUUCAAAAAGGAGAAGGGAUCAUACAUCUUCUUUGGUUUGUACCCAAUUACCUGCCACUGAUACUAAUACUAAUACUACUACCUCAUUUUCAGGACCUAUGGAAGUAGGGAAUUUUCCGGCGGAAUUGAGUUAUCCAGCAACAUUCCGGUGUGUAAAGGUGAGCUCAAUCGACGAUAGUGAAGAUGAAUACGCAUAUCAGACGGCUGUGAACAUAGGAGGGCAUGUUUUCAAAGGGAUAUUAUAUGAUCAAGGCCCUGGUGAUCAUCAUGAUCAUCCUCAACCAGGAGAUGCUGGUGGAAGUGGUGGUGGAGAAAGCUCCUCUGUUGGUGGUAACCUUACAAUGGGUCCCACUAUUUCUACGAGUGGGACCCUUUUUGAGAUGCCAAUAUCAUCUUCUUCACCGGUUGUUGGGUAUUUAGACCCUUCGUCUUACUACCCUCUUCCAGUCAAUGCUUACCUUCCUCCCGGUACGCCGUUCUUCCCAUACCCAAGACCUUAAAAAAAGAAUUUUUUUUUUACAUGAAAAAUAUUGUUAAUAAUAAACUAACAUUUUGCUCCAUUCACCGAAAAUAAAUUCAUAUUGUUUAUUUUUAAAUAAAUUCAACUAUUAGUUAUAUUUGCUGAAAACAAACUCACCUAAAAUAAUAGUUGAAUUUAUUUUCUUCAAUAAUACCGAGUAGGUGGAUUUAUUAAAAAAUAAUCGAUAAUAGAGUUUAUUUUCAACAGAUUAAGCAAAGAUCGGUUUAUUUUUGACAAUUCAAACACAUAAAAAGUCAGCUAAGAUUACUCUUUCAAAAUUACAUUGCUGACAUUUAUAUUAAAAUUGUGAAAGAUAUCAUUAAUAUUAUUUUAGGAUGCAAAAGAAAUUGAAUUGGGAAGAAGGAAUUGUGUUAGUGAAUUGUUUAUAUAAUUAAUUUUUAUUGUUUAACGUUUUUGUAUCAUGUCCUCCAUUUAGAAUUUUGAUGAGGAUAGUAAAGCAAACUAAUAGAAGUAAUUAUUUGCUGGUUAA